UGCUCUCCCGUAGGACUGAGGGCUGCGGGGCUGCGGGCUGUGGGCUGCGGGCUACGGGAGAAGUCGCCGGCAGCACCGGGACCUCGCUGCCCCCGCGCGUCCCCACGACCCUCCCUUGCGCCGGCAGGGACAGCGGACGCCCCGGAGCAGAGCGCGGCGGGCGGGCGCCCGGGAGAUGCGGAGUCGCCGCGGCAGCGCGAUCGGCGCGGCAGCACCGGUCCCUGAAAGGCUAUAGCCCUCAUUUUCCUUCGCUGACAGAGAAACAUGGAUUCCCCAGGGCCAGGAUGGCUGCCAUGCAUCAUCCCAGUCGGACAAGAGGUGUGCCAUGGAGCCCUUCUGUCCACUCCUGCUGGCAGGUUUUAGCUUGUCGCUCGCCAGAGCUGGCAAGGGCAACGACACCACCCCAACAGAGAGCAACUGGACUAGCACCACUGCAGGCCCUCCGGAUCCUGGCGCCUCCCAGCCACUGCUCACCUGGCUGCUGCUGCCUCUGCUCCUCCUCUUGCUCCUCCUUGCAGCCUACUUCUUCAGGUUCAGGAAGCAGAGGAAAGCCGCGGUCAGCAGCAACGACAAGAAGAUGCCUAACGGGAUCCUGGAAGAGCAAGAGCAGCAGAGAGUGAUGCUGCUGAGCAGAUCUCCAUCAGGUCCCAAGAAGUACUUCCCCAUCCCCGUGGAGCACCUGGAGGAGGAGAUCCGCGUGAGAUCUGCGGAUGACUGCAAGCGUUUCCGUGAGGAGUUCAAUUCAUUGCCAUCUGGACAUAUACAAGGAACUUUUGAACUAGCAAAUAAAGAAGAAAACAGAGAAAAAAACAGAUAUCCCAACAUUCUUCCCAAUGAUCAUUCCAGAGUGAUUUUGAGCCAGGUGGAUGGAAUGCCCUGCUCUGACUACAUUAAUGCUUCCUACAUAGAUGGUUACAAAGAAAAGAACAAAUUCAUAGCGGCUCAAGGCCCUAAGCAGGAGACGGUGAAUGACUUCUGGAGGAUGAUCUGGGAGCAAAAGUCAGCCACCAUCGUCAUGUUGACGAACCUGAAGGAAAGGAAGGAGGAGAAGUGCUACCAGUACUGGCCAGACCAGGGCUGCUGGACCUAUGGGAACAUCCGGGUGUGCGUAGAGGAUUGCGUGGUCCUCGUGGACUACACCAUCCGCAAGUUCUGCAUCCAUCCGCAACUUCCAGAGAGCUGCAAAGCCCCACGGCUGGUCUCACAGCUGCACUUCACCAGCUGGCCUGACUUUGGAGUGCCCUUCACUCCCAUCGGGAUGUUGAAGUUCCUGAAGAAAGUGAAGACACUCAACCCUUCACACGCUGGGCCCAUUGUGGUCCACUGCAGUGCGGGCGUGGGCCGGACAGGUACCUUCAUUGUGAUCGACGCCAUGAUGGACAUGAUACACUCAGAACAGAAGGUUGACGUCUUUGAGUUUGUGUCUAGAAUCCGCAAUCAGCGCCCCCAGAUGGUCCAGACGGAUGUUCAAUAUACAUUCAUCUACCAGGCCUUACUGGAGUACUACCUCUAUGGGGACACAGAGCUGGACGUGUCGUCCCUAGAGAGGCAUCUACAGACGCUACAUGGCACAGCCACCCAUUUUGACAAGAUUGGGCUGGAGGAGGAGUUUAGGAAGCUGACCAACGUGCGAAUCAUGAAGGAGAACAUGAGGACGGGCAACCUGCCUGCCAACAUGAAGAAGGCCCGUGUUAUCCAGAUCAUCCCAUAUGACUUCAACCGGGUAAUCCUGUCCAUGAAAAGAGGUCAAGAGUACACAGACUAUAUCAACGCAUCCUUCAUAGAUGGCUACAGACAGAAGGACUACUUCAUGGCCACUCAGGGGCCCCUGGCUCACACAGUUGAGGACUUCUGGAGGAUGGUGUGGGAGUGGAAGUCACACACGAUCGUCAUGCUGACGGAGGUGCAGGAGCGGGAGCAGGAUAAAUGCUACCAGUAUUGGCCAACAGAGGGCUCGGUGACUUAUGGAGAUAUAACUAUAGAAAUAAAGAGUGACACCCUGUCUGAAGCCAUCAGCGUACGAGACUUCCUGGUUACUUUCAAACAGCCCCUGGCUCGCCAGGAAGAGCAGGUCCGCGUGGUGAGACAAUUCCAUUUCCAUGGCUGGCCUGAGGUUGGGAUCCCCGCUGAAGGCAAAGGCAUGAUUGACCUCAUUGCAGCGGUGCAGAAACAGCAGCAGCAGACAGGCAACCACCCCAUCACCGUGCACUGCAGCGCGGGAGCAGGGCGGACAGGUACAUUCAUCGCACUCAGCAACAUUUUGGAACGAGUGAAAGCCGAGGGACUCCUGGAUGUGUUUCAAGCUGUGAAGAGCUUAAGGCUUCAGAGACCACACAUGGUGCAAACCCUGGAGCAAUAUGAAUUCUGCUACAAAGUGGUACAAGAUUUUAUUGAUAUAUUUUCUGAUUAUGCUAAUUUCAAAUGAAGAGUCCUGCCUUAAGAUAUUUUUUAAUUUAAUGGUCAGUAUAUUUUGUAAAAAAAGAGAAAAAGUCAGGUUAAUUUAUUUCCUAGUGGACAUUAAUAUCCUUCCUAAUUCCUUUGUAUAUAUUUUGUUAUGUUCCAUAGGCUACCUGCUGUAAAGUUAUUAAAGUGUAAAUGACCUUUUUAAAAAAUUGGAACGCUGUGUUAAGGUCAAAUGCUAUCUGGGAAGUUAGUAUGUCUGCUGAUAUCAGUCAGUAUCUUGAUUCUGUUAGAUCUACAUCAUGUGACUUCACAUGUCAUGCAUCUAUAAACAUUCCUGAUAUGUCAAACGUUUAUGAAAGACACUAAACAUGAAGCCCCUUGUGGAGGAAAUGGUUGAGGACUCAGAGUCAGGUCACAUUUCCUGUUCCCACCAACAGGGCACUCAGGGCAUCAGGUGUGGCAAACAGUGUACACGGGGGCUUUGGGGACGUCCUUGAUGUCGGCCAUGUGGCUCAUCCUUACAUUUGAGAGCUCAGAGAAGGAACUAGGAGUGGGCCGUACUUCUACCACUUGAGGGGCCAAGGCAUGAGGACUGGCUUCAGAUCAGGCCAGCCUGGGCUACAGUGAGACUCUGUCUCAAAAACAUACAUACAUAUAUGAGAGAGAGAGAGAGAGAUUUUACAACCUGAAUCCAGGUCUCAGACCCACAAGGGUAGAUGAUGGCUUUCCUGUGAGUUUUAGAAGGCAUUUACUUAUGAGAGACCGUGUCUCCGCCACUGUAGACUUGAUAAAAAGAGGUGCUGGUACCACAUCGCCUCUUCCCGCAGGCUCCCAGUAUCCCCAAGCUAACCAUCAGAGCGGUAUUUCAGGAACCACUUGCUGUCCGUCUGCCUGCAGGCCUGGCUCAGAAGCCAGCCAGCCUCAUUUCCAGGGCUCCUGCCACUGGCCCUGCUGCCUGUGCAGACCUUCAUUGGUCCUACAGGCUCAAUGCAAAACUACUUCCCUUCCUUCCACAUUGAGGUAAAGUGUCUUACACACACACACACACACACACACACACAGGUGCGCACAGGUAGAACCAGUAGAAUGAUUAUAAAUAAUUGCACUGCAGAUUUUCUGACAGGUGUUUUGGUAUAUCAGGUUUUCUUUGUAAAAAGUUAAGAUGGUUUGUAAGAAAAGAAAUCUUAAGAUCUAGAUUUGUACAGUUUUUUUUUUUUUAAUGUCCCACUCCUUGGUGUUUAAUUAAAAAAAAAAUGAGAGAGGAAAAAAAAUCCUAACUUGAAGUCUAACUGAAAUGCUGCUGAGGCCUCCAAGCACAGGUAACAGUGACAGUCACACUGCCUGAGGGGAGUAGGUUAGGGGAAGGCUGGAGAGUGGGAAGGAUAAACUUGGAAACGUUGACUUCAAUAAAAUGAUCUUCUUAUGGCAUUUAGGUAUCUAGCAAAUGAGCACAAUGUAAAAAAAAAAAAAAAAAAAAAAAAGACAUCUGUUCUAACUCACCGAAGGCUUUGAACAUACACAGUUUGGGUACUUUUUUAUUUUUUUACUUUUUAAAAAGAGAGAGGAAAAUAUAAAGGUCUCAUUUGCCACCCUUGUGGAGGAUUGAUCAUGCUUGCUUGUCCUUGUUCGUUAUAGUCUGUACGGGGAACAACCCCAGGGUCUGCCGCUGCCACAUACAGGUGAUCAGGUCACCUCACACCCCACAGGUCUGAGUUCCAUCCAGAGGUACAGCUGGCACCCAGCAUGCAGGGUGAAAGCUGACAGUGACGCCGCUGUCAUCACCAUCAGCUGGCAGGGCUGGCUGCCUGCACUGAGUAGGGCCUCCCCUUCUCCAUGCAAGUGACGCACAGGCAGAAGACCGGAGGGGAGGGAGCUCUCCCUGGCCAGUGGUCUCAUUUGCCUCCGUGUUAGACCGCAAGCCCAGAGCCUUGCUUUGACUAAAGCCGGAGAGAGGGCAGUAUUCUUCUGUUCCACACCCCAAGCCCAUUAGAACGAAGGUUGACCUCACACUGGUCCCAAGCCAAAGUUUGGCCUUGCACCUUGGCACCCCACUUUAGUGACUGGCCCUCAGAAUCCCAGGCAUUUCUUGUAUCAAGGAAUGCCUUUAGGGUAGAUCUUUUUUCAGGAUGUCUAGAAAAUAUUCUAUUUGUGUUUUUUUCCUCACCUUGGGGCUGCCCCCAGGUUCCCCUGCAGGAGCCCUACCUGUUUCUAAACAGCUUGUCCCAUUCCAGAGAGAAACAGAAGCCACCCUCCUAUGGGCACAGUCGGGGCAGCACCUGUCCUUCUGUGGAAGGGCCAAUCCCUGCAGUCUCUUGGCUAAUGCCACCGCCAAAUUCAGCCUCCUUAAGGUGCAGAGCCUCUGUGUACAAGGGACAUCCUAAGUGAGGCCUCGGCAUCUUCUCUGUGUACCUGGCAUGUCCUUCUCUAAGUCCUAGGGGGUCGAGUAUACACCAGGGAACAGCCUGGCACCAACAAUGACCUUCUUGUUUCUCUGUUGCAUGCGGUUGCGUUCAAAUGCCAAAUAGCAAUCAGAGCCCGGUGUUCUGAUCAGGUGCGUCCCUUGGUCACUGUGUGACUUGCUUUACUUUCUCUCUCCAUGUGCUAGAUGAGUGAGGAAAGCACACCUGUGUUUUCCAAGGUAUUUUUAUGUGUUUUUUAAAAACUUUUUAAAAUGAGCCUGAUACCUGUGUUUCAGCAUCUGGAGACAUGGACAUGCCGUUGGGUUUUCUCAUGUGUAUUUACUGAUAUAUCUUUGUUUGUAACCAAGCCAUGUUUAAUUUAUAUGUGCAAUCUUUAUAAUAUGUGUAUGUGUCAUGGUUCCAACUCUCAUAUAUUCUUUUGAUUACAUUUACCAUUUGAUCUUGCUCUGAUUAUAAUGCCAGUGAAUGUCGCUGAAUUCUUGGGACAUGCAAACACAUCAAAAACAUCAAAAACAUCCUGAUGCAAGAAUAAACCUCUGACUACCAGCCUGGA